UCAGAUUGUUUUUUUUAGGAGGGACAGUACGCUUACUAGUUACAUUCUUGGAUGGGCUCAGGCUAGAGGUAAAGAUGUGAUACCUGAGAGGACCUUGACCCUCACCAACACUGUUAUUAUAAGGCUUAUUCUACACAUGUCUAUGUUUAUUGGUGUAGGAAAAGACCUGCAGGGUGUGCAGUCUUUGAUAAAACCAGACAUUGAUAUAAAUGAAGUAGAGGAGUUUUUAUGGGCACAUAUACAACAAGAUAUAGAUGAUAUACAUAGAGCACUUGGUAGAAGUGUUGAUGAUGUUUUCUUACUCAUGCAUACAAUUAUAGACCAUGUUAUGAAGAUCUAUAAUGAAGGAAAUAAUGUUAGUGAUGAAGUUAGUCAAUUAUCAUCAAAAAGUGGAAGAAAUGAAUGGGAGAAAAGCUUCUGUGCAAAUUUUCUACAAACAUCAUUACAGAACAUUGAAAAUAUCUUCUAUAUACACAAAUGUCCACUUCUUGUAAUUGUAACAGGAGCAGACCCUCUACUCUGUCUACUGUAUGAGGCAGAGUCUGACACCAAUGUGGAGAAAGAGAAUCUAGCAAUUCUUGAAGACAUUCCAAGAGUCUGGCGUUAUAGAACACCUAUAUCUCUACAACAUCUUAGACAAGAAGUUGAAGCUAAAGUAUCACAACAGCAACAUAAAGUUCUACAACUAUUCCUUAAAGAGGAUCAUCAUUUGAGAGCUCUACGUUACAUUCCCAGUAUUCUACGUCUACAUCGAGCUUUGUUCCAGAAAUACCAGAGAAAACUAGACAAAACUGAGGCAUCACAAAUAACUGUUGCUCAAUUAAAGAGAGAUGGAAUAGCUGGUAUGGAAACCAAUGACUUGAUACAAGAUUUUGCAGAUGCUUGGGAAUUAGUCAGAGAAUCACUGAUGUUAUAUGAAUCAGGUGGAAUGAAAGUUUCUGAGGAAUACUGUAGUAAACGUAUCACAGACAAUACUUCAGUAUCUGUCUUGUUACCAACAAUGAAAGAGGCAGGACUUUGUUCCUACAUUCUGUUAGACUUUUUGAUGAGGAAACAAAAUGAUUUCUUGGAUAAAUACCUGAAAGAAGCUCAUAGCAAAUCUGGCAGCAUAUCGAUUGUAAACCCAAAAGAGGUGACAUCAGCACAUCUUAUCAGCUACGACCCCCAGCACGACAUUUUACCUUUAGUGCUUGCUAACUGCCAGUAUUCAUUUGAGAUGGGUAAAGGGACAAAGAUAGAGUAUGAUUUUGCUGCCUUAGAAAGACAAUUAAUGGACAGAUUCUUGUUUUCCAAGUCAAGAAUUGAAGUUGGCAGAAUGUUAAUGAUUGAUCAAAUGAUAUACAGAACAGAGUUUACUAAUGCUGAAGUUUUCAGAAAACUUGCUGAGAAAAUAACUCAGGAAAGAAUUGGUGCAGCAGUUAAGACUCAGAUAUGUGCUGAGAUAAAGACGCUACCAGAUAUUUGUACAUCACUGGACAAUCUAGACAUUACAAUAAGUUUUCUCAAGUCUACAGGAGGUCAACCAGAGAAAACUUUACAUGAAUUCAUGGGCAAUACACUUCAAAUGAAAACCACAAUACUUAGCCAAAAGGCCCAGCAGGCAUGUGAAUUAAGACAUGCACAGUGGCUAUGGUUACUUCUGUCAUUACAGAAAUCAAAGAAAAUGGUGGACAACGAACAAAAUGCAGAGUCAACAUUUGAAAGUGUCUUAAAAGAGUUCCACGAGGAAUUGCCAGAAGAGAUAAUGACAGAAUACAGGGGUUAUAUAAAGAAAUUGUCAAUAGAAAAACUAAACCUGCUUGUAGAAAUACUUCAUGAGUAUAUUCUGUUAGUUGUUGCUGUCAGACAAAACCCGGAGGAUGAUGAUUAUACUGUUACAACCAUUCAUAGACUUGGAGAGUGGCUGUCUGUUUAUAUAGGAGGAAUGGACAAUCCUGUGUUAGAGUCAGCUGUAUUAAGAGAAUUUCCCAGGGAGAUCCUGUAUAAACAUAGCGUGCAUACCUGGAUAUGUAGCUACAACAUCUUAAUGGAGAAACGAAAUGGCCACGCCUGAAGAUGUGGAUUACUCCUGUCUUUGACACUAUAUACAUGUACAUCAAACUAUGGGGCCAAAUUAUACAUUCUUUCAUAAUGUAAUUAAUUAUGGGGCCAAAUUAUAUAUUAUUACAUAAUGUUACAAACUAUGGGGCCAAAUUAUCUAUUCUUACAUAAUUUGAUAAACUAUGGGGCCAGAUUAUAUUCUUGCAUAAUGUGAUAAUUGAUAAUAGAUUUAUUUAUAGGCAAAUUUCUGACUUUUACCAAUGUGGUCAAAAUCUGAUUGACAUUUCUUUUACCAUCUAAUUUUAACACAAUCUGGGAAAAUUCUUACAUGAUGUUCACAAAUCUAUACAUUAUCCUACUUAUAAUGAUAUGCCUUUAAAUGAAUUAUAAAAAUAAUGAUAUACAUGUAGUUCAUUUCUUAGUACAUUUUACAAAUUAAUAAGUUAACACCAGAUAGCAUUAGGUAUGGCAUUAGACCAUGACAAGAUUCAAUCAAUAUACAGUGACAUUAAUUGGCACAAGUAGACUGAAACGGUUAACACUACUGAUUUAUCUUCUUAUUUGGAUUGCAAUAUGAAUAUACUUUUUGUUAUCUUCAAAAUUACUAUGAUGAAUAAACUUAUAUUUACCUAUGUUUUAUAAGCAAUUAAAAUAUUGCUAGUUGUUUGGAUGGAAUAAAACAAAUAUGUGCUUGUCAGUAUAUUUGUUCAAUGGAUAAAUGAUGGAGAUUAAAAUGUAUCAUUUCUGAAAUUCCUUUCAGAUAAUUAUAUUAUGUAAUAUAUACUUAAUACAGUUAUUUAACAAUUAAUGUAUUUUUUUUUUAAUUUUAUAAAUUAUGCUUUAUGAAUAUGUUUAUACAAUGAGUGCCAUAAACUGUAGUGAAAAGUCAUUUUUGAAAGUAGUUUUUCUGUCAACCUUAUCCAGUGUUACUCUUAUGAAAGUGACUGUUAAUUUUUAUUAAUAAAAAAGAAAAGAUAACAUGAAAUUUAGUAUUUUUUGGCAUAUGUAAAAAUGCAAAUUUAAUGUUAGAAAUGCAAUUUCAUAUAAUUUUAUUUUAUUUUUUAAAUGCUAGUGAUAGUAACAGCUUUAAUCUGUAGUGUGAUAAUGGUUAAGGGUUUGUUUUAUUUUUGAAAUGACAACAGUUUAUUUUCUCAGUAUUAUUUUUUUCUUUUUAAUUUAUUUGUUAUUUUCGCCAUGUGUUGUUUUUGUUU